AUGUCGGCUGAUGUGGGCUGCUCUGAGGAAAUGUUAACCAUCAUAGCCAUAUUGUCGGCACAAGUUGACAAACUGUUCAAGAGACCAAAGAAGAAGAAAAUGGAAGCCGAUUUAAAGAAGAAGACGUUCGACUGUCCGGAAAGCAACAUCACAUCCCGAGCCUGGUGCAAGGAAUUCUAUUUGGAUUGGAAAACGCUGGAGGAAGCCUACGAAAUCAGGUGUCAACUGUCGACGAUGUUGGAUGAGAAGAAAAUUCAGAGAAAGAGUUGCGACGAUGAUAUGACCAAAGUUCAGAUUGCAAUCGCUUCCGGUUCGUUCCGUAAAAUUGCCUGGAAGACGUCCCGAUACGCUUAUUUCACAUUUUCGAGUCCGCGAGAUGACCCGGUGCUCAUACAUCCAUCCAGUGUCUUAUUCACAGCCAGUCCGUCAGUGGUGAUUUACAACAGUAUCAUAAAGACGAAAAAGGCGUACAUGAGCCAAGUGUUGCAGAUCGAAAUCGAAUACAUUCAGCGGUAUGCUCCGAAUUUUUACCGGAAGCUUUCACAGGUUCUGCCGUACAAUUUGUGUGGCACACACACAAUGGAGGAUGGCCAAUAUGAUGUGUAUGAUUGUGUAUCAUUGUUGCAGGACCAUUAUUGA